AGCAACGCUAACGAACACAAUGACGGCACUGGUGCUCGCGCCUUGAUCAAAUAUCGGCGGAUUCCAAAAAAAACACCGUUAUUUACAAAACGCCAUAACGACGGUUGCUAAUAAACAUGUCUUGUAUCCGCAGGGUGAACGGACAAUUCCCGUGUAUGAGCCCCGCUGUCAGCUGCUCCCGUCUGCACCAUGUCCAGUCACUGCUGUGGGAGGGGGAAGCCAGCCCUGAUGGGAUUCUUUGCUCUCUGGGGAUUGACAGCAGGUAUAAUGAGGGCUGCAGUGAGCUGGCCAACUACCUGUUCUACGGACUGUACCGGAAGAACCAGCUGAACCUGGAGCACAUUCUGGAGGACUUCCCUGAGGAGGUGCUGGAUGAUGUGAUCGUGCUGAUCAAGGCAGAGAGUGUCCACCUGUACUGUAACCCAAUCAACUACAGUUACCUGCUGCCCUACGUCUCCCACUGGAGGAACCUCUCCAUACACUGCAUGAACCAAACAGAGUAUGAAGACGAGGAAGCAGCGGAGGAGUUUAAGAUCUCCAGCUUUGUGAGCAUGGUUCAAGACUGCAGCCGUAUUGGAGUUCCUUACAGCACCCAGGGCCACAUCCAGACGUUUGACAUGUUUAUGAUAGAGAAGUGGCCCAUCAUUCAGGCCUUCGCUCUGGAGGGGAUCGGUGGAGGAAGCUUCUUCACCAUGAAAUACAAGUUGAUGGACAUUAGUGAGAAGCUGUGGCAGACCUACACCAGAUUGGACCCUGUGUCCCUAGACAACCUGCUGACUGAGGACCUGGUGUUGUUUGAGAAGCAGUGGAGCAGUUUCUUCUCCAGCUUUGACAUCGAGAGCCAUCUGUCUAUCCUGGAACUGUCUGAGGCUCAGGCAGGGGAGGCGUUCCGGAGUUAUUUCUCUCAUGGCCUGAUCUCCAGUAACAUCGCGGAUAGCAGGAGGAGACGGCAGCCCUUGGUUCUGUUUGGGAGCCACUCCUCCAUGGAGAACCUCCACAGCUACUCCUUCAACUUCCCUUCUGAUGGACACCAGGUCCGCAACACCGGACCCCAGGGGACCCCAGCCAAACACAUGGUUCUCCAGUGUGUGGCUCCUAAAGGAUCUUUAGCCUGCUCCAGGACUUACUUCUUUGGAACCACUCACAUCCCCUACCUAGGGAAUGACAACAUGCAACAGAAGAAAACAGAACUCCUUCUUCUCUCUCAGAUCUAUGCAGCAGCCGUCCAGUCGGUCUUGGCUGGAAUCAAAUGCUACUCCAACACCACUAGUGCUACUAAGGCGAAGGACGUAGCAGAGCAUACCUUCCACCUGGCACUGGACUCGGUCCACCUGCCUCAGUACAGAACUGCUCUCAGAUCUAAAAGUGUUUUCCACAUCCAAGCUGUGAACAACCAGGGCAGAAUUGUUCCUCUGAGUGAAGAAGGGAGCUGCUUCUUGGUGAAAACUGCGUCCAUGUCAGUGUACGACAUCCCAGACCUCCAGUGGGGGAAAGGAGACCUGGGCUCUGUAGUCUUCUCUGAGUCCUUCUUGGUGUCCAGCAUCAACAUCCAACAGAAAGAUGGAAGUGUUUCCUCAGACAGCUGCUACACCAUCCUGACAACAGCUCUGCCUCGAUACGUCUGCUGGCUGGUGGAGUCUGAUGUGAAGCAUUCUGAGAAGGCCCAGGUCCUGCUGAAGGAGGAGGAGGGUACCUGCCUGGGCACCUCUUUGACUACAGCAGACACAGCUCAUGUGUUCUCCAACAGCCUGCUCUCCACUCCAGAGGAAGGUAAGAUGAGCUUCUUCACAGAGGGCAUCCUGUUCCUCCAUCCUCAGUACGGCACCAUCACUCUACCCAGGAGCCUCAUCAGCAGGAUCAAGUUGUAUGACCUGGUGGCAGCUCUGUUUGUACAGUAUGAAGCUGCUCUGCUGUCCCACCUGCCCUUCCCUCUCCACAGUGACGACCACUGUUUGGUCUUCAGCCUCCAGCCACGCUCACAGAGUCACAGAACCUUCUACUCACAGGUGUUACCAGUGUGGCAGGGGUCAGACUCUGGACUCUCUCUGCAGCUGGUGGACAGAGAACAGCUGACCUGGGAUCAGAGGAACAUGCACUCCAGACUGCAGUGGUUGCAUGACUGCCACGCCCCCCCGGUGGCCAAACGCAGAGGCAGCCUGAAGGCCUCAUACUCCCAGCUACCAGAACAGGAGAUGUUCCUGCAGCACUUUGCUCUGAGCAGUGUGGGUCAGGAGCCCAUCCAGGAUGACCACCUGGGGGCACUGUUCUCCACGCCAGACACCAGGAACCCUCUGGCAGGACGCACUGACAAGGUGGUUAUAACCAUCAUCUCUGGACUACCGGGCAGCCACAAGAACAGACUGGUUAACUUCCUGGUCCAGCUGAAUAGAGAAGGAGGAAGGUGGGUUGUCUACCGUCCAGGUCCAGACUGCAGUGAUUGUUUCUCCACCUCCCACUUCCAGCGCUACCUGUCCUGCUUCCUGGAGACACAGAGAGCACCUGGAGGGAAGCCCCGACUACUGCUGCUCACUCCUGGAUGUACAGAUGUAUUAGACGUGGUCCAGGCGGUCCUGUCCCAUCCAGAUGCUGUGGUCCAGGCCUGUUUCACCAUCGGGGCGGUCACAGCCUGUGUGGACCCUCUCAGCUCAUACAUGGAACACAGAUUUGUCUUCCCGAAGCUGGUGGAGCAGUGCAGCCAAGGUAUAGUGAGUACGGUCGUCUUCACUGGACCGGCAGCAGAACAGAAGAACCCUCUCCUCCAAACCGUACAGCAGCUGAUCCGGUCAGCCAAUCCCAACGCUGUCUUCAUCCUGGCAGAGAGAGGAGCCGUUACCAGGAAUGAGGAUGUGAAGAUGAUUUUGUCUGAGAGCAGCUUCUCUGAGGCGCAGAUGAUGAGAGCACGCUACCUGCUCUACCCUGGCUGGUGUAAAGGCCUGUUCAGCAGUGGUUGUGGGUCCCUGUCUUUGGGCCACCAGUAUGUGAUGUUCAACCUUCCCCUGGAGAGACCUCUGUUUCUGAAACACUGUAAAGCCUUCAAGUCAGCUCUGAGACCAAACCCUUUCAGAGGAAACGUCUACAACGUCUCGGGGAAGGUCCUCUUCUCUGACUCUGAGAGGAUGAUGGAGGUGAGCUACAACACUGUGAGUGGGAACCUCCGUAUCACUCAGCAGCCCUUGGGGGACAGCCACCAGGGAGACCAGGAACCCCCUGGAUGCUUCCUGCUGUUCCAUGGAGUGGGAUUGACACAGGAGGCCCUGAAGGACUGGCUGAGGAUCUGUGUAAAACAGAAGGAGGUGAGGAAGGUGAAGAAGACCCACACCAGCCUCUCUCCUCAGGAAAUCAGGACCAUCCAUGUGAAGAGACAUCUGGACCCUCUGCCUCCAGGCUUCUUCUACAACGGACAACAGUACGUCAGUUUCUUUGGAGAGAAGAACAACUUCCAUCCACAAAUGGACCGGUUCAUAGCGGAGUAUGUUGAGGAGGCCAACCGAGAGAUCGACCUCUUCAACAAUCAGCUGGAGCAGCAGCAGCACCGGAACCUGUUUGACCCUUAGUGACCCCCAAGGUUGGGGUUAGAGGUCGUCUGUCUCGUCCUUUUACUGUUUGUCCUCCUCAGCACAUCUCAAAGGGAAACAAAACUAUACCAUACAUCCUGUCACCUCCACUAUACCAUACAUCCUGUCACCUCCACUAUACCAUACAUCCUGUCACCUCCACUAUACCAUACAUCCUGUCACCUCCACUAUACCAUACAUCCUGUCACCUCCACUAUACCAUACAUCCUGUCACCUCCACUAUACCAUACAUCCUGUCACCUCCACUAUACCAUACAUCCUGUCACCUCCACUAUACCAUACAUCCUGUCACCUCCACUAUACCAUACAUCCUGUCACCUCCACUAUACCAUACAUCCUGUCACCUCCACUAUACCAUACAUCCUGUCACCUCCACUAUACCAUACAUCCUGUCACCUCCACUAUACCAUACAUCCUGUCACCUCCACUAUACCAUACAUCCUGUCACCUCCACUAUACCAUACAUCCUGUCACCUCCACUAUACCAUACAUCCUGUCACCUCCACUAUACCAUACAUCCUGUCACCAUACAUAUAGGGGUGAUAAACAUGAAUCAAGACAUUAUUAUGGUGAGAGAGCACAAGCUUUCUGUCCAGAUAAGAGGUUCAACUUUACAUUGUCAGUCAGUAUCAUCCUAGGUAUGUUUCUAAUAGGCCAGUAGAAUUGGUUCUAUUUGUAGCCUGGCUGUUGGCAUUAUUAAAACACUCCUUUCUCGUCUAUUUUCCUGACCUGUCAUACGAUGCACAGCCCACCUGUUAGUUAGCUGCUUUCAGUAUCACGUUGUGUAGCUGUUCUCACUGGCUCUACUGUGCCAAUAGCUUGUAUCAGUGUCAGACUUGGUGAGAGGAAGUGGACGCAGAGCUGUGAACUUUGAAUAGGCAGCCUGUAGCUGUCAAUCCCUGGUGUGGUGAUAGAAACUGUCUCCUGUUGUUAUAAAUACUAGCGUGACCGUCACCCAGCUCUAGUCAGCAUAGCAACGUGGUCCUCAGUAACAUAACGUCAUGGUGAUCAAACAUCAACAAUAACAUUACUCCUCCCCCUUUCACACAACCACCUAACAUGCUGUGGGUGGGAUACUGGUUGGAAUGGGGAUGGUCUGAAAUCAAUUAGUCUAGUUUAGGCCAGUUUGGGCUGGUUUAGGCCGGUUUUGGUUAGGAGGGUUUGGGCUGGUUUAGGCCACUUUGGGUUGGGAGGGUUUGGGCUGGUUUAGGCCACUUUGGGUUAGGAGGGUUUGGGCUGGGUUAGGCCACUUUGGGUUGGGAGGGUUUGGGCUGGUUUAGGCCACUUUGGGUUAGGAGGGUUUGGGCUGGUUUAGGCCACUUUGGGUUAGGAGGGUUUGGGCUGGGUUAGGCCACUUUGGGUUAGGAGGGUUUGGGCUGGGUUAGGCCACUUUGGGUUAGGCCACUUUGGUCUGGAUUAGGAGGGUUUGGUUUGAGGGUGUUUGAGGGAUGGGGAGGGUAGGACUGGUGUUGGCCAGAUAAGGGCUGAGGAAUGAGUUAGUAGUGGUGUAUUACAGGGAUGAGUAGGGUCAGAGGUCAGGGUCUUAGUAAUGGUGUAUUACAGGGAUGGGUAGGGUCAGGGGUCAGAGUUAGUGUUGUUGACCACAUGCAGUUCCUUGAUGUGGGACUUAAUCUGCGUCCACUACCUGUUAGAUAGAUGGGUGUUGGAGGUAGCUUACAUGUUCUCUCAGGACUACCUGUCGUGAUGUUCCUGGAGAUGGGACUUAACCUGUGUCCACUACCUGUUAGAUAGAUGGGACUUAACCUGUGUCCACUACCUGUUAGAUAGAUGGGUGUUGGAGGUAGCUUACAUGUUCUCUCAGGACUACCUGUCGUGAUGUUCCUGGAGAUGGGACUUAAUCUGCGUCCACUACCUGUUAGAUAGAUGGGACUUAAACCUGUGUCCACUACCUGUUAGAUAGAUGGGACUUAACCUGUGUCCACUACCUGUUAGAUAGAUGGGACUUAACCUGUGUCCACUACCUGUUAGAUAGAUGGGACUUAAACCUGUGUCCACUACCUGUUAGAUAGAUGGGACUUAACCUGUGUCCACUACCUGUUAGAUAGAUGGGACUUAAACCUGUGUCCACUACCUGUUAGAUAGAUGGGACUUAACCUGUGUCCACUACCUGUUAGAUAGAUGGGACUUAACCUGUGUCCACUACCUGUUAGAUAGAUGGGACUUAAACCUGUGUCCACUACCUGUUAGAUAGAUGGGACUUAACCUGUGUCCACUACCUGUUAGAUAGAUGGGACUUAAACCUGUGUCCACUACCUGUUAGAUAGAUGGGACUUAAACCUGUGUCCACUACCUGUUAGAUAGAUGGGACUUAACCUGUGUCCACUACCUGUUAGAUAGAUGGGACUUAACCUGUGUCCACUACCUGUUAGAUAGAUGGGACUUAAUCUGUGUCCACUACCUGUUAGAUAGAUGGGACUUAACCUGUGUCCACUACCUGUUAGAUAGAUGGGACUUAACCUGUGUCCACUACCUGUUAGAUAGAUGGAAUUUCAAAUGAGAAAAUAACAGAAUAUUUGACAAUAUCAGUUGACAGAACAGUUACGGUCUGCUAAUUUAGCUCCACUCACCAGGAGAACAGUUACGGUCUGCUAAUUUAGCUCCACUCACCAGGAGAACAGUUACGGUCUGCUAAUUUAGCUCCACUCACCAGGAGAACAGUUACGGUCUGCUAAUUUAGCUCCACUCACCAGUCCAUCUAUACCAAGCCUGUCCAUUCACAGUGCCUCCCAUGCUAGACGUGUUACUGUCUGAAUAGAGAAUGACCCAGUCCUCUGCUAGACGUGUUACUGUCUGAAUAGAGAAUGAUCCCUAGCCAGUAAGUUAGUUUCUUCAGGGUCCAGGCCUGUUCCAGUCAGAUACACACCCAGUCAAUCAGUCUAGAAAGGAAGACAGACUACAUCACAAUCCUCCUGACCCAUGUUACUAUUCAUUCUCUUAGCUUACAAUCCCUCCCUCUCCUUAACUUUAUCAAGUGCAAUUGUACUCUGUUUUUAUAUGUAUUCUAACUACCUUCACAGAACUAUUUUAAGGACUAGCUGAUUAAAUAAGGACCGUGUUCUCAGUCUCAACAUUGGAGUGAGUUGAGAUUUGCUUAACGUUUAUAGUACCACGCUGACCUAAUCCACAGCACUGGAGACUAACGCUCUGUGUCUUGUCUCCGUAUGACUGGAGUCUCUUCUGACAAGUCCUCUUGUCUGCAAUACCACAGAGACCUGUCUUAGUUGAGUCAGAGACACAGAGCCAUAACUGAGGGUGAUUGAUAUCCUACAGAAUAAGACUGAAGAUGCCAUAACUACAGGUCCUAAUAUGGGCGGUGUUUGGGAACAGACACUGAUUGGUCUACGGUGUAGCUAUCAGUCCUUAAAGGGUUCUAGGGGGUUAUUAUUGAACAUGUUUGUGAUAUUAACUUAGUAGCACAUAAGAUGCCACACUAUCUGCAUGUGUUAGGAUGUCCUUUUAAUAUAUAUAUAUAUAUAUAUAUCUAUGAUAUAUUCUGAUACUAUUGCCUUUCACCAAACUGGUAUAACCAAGAGAAAAUUAUCACAUUUAUUUUACAAAACUGGUGAGAAUUGAAGUACCUCAGACACCACUAGAGUAUUUUUGUAAUGCUGUGAAUUGAACAGAGAAAAAGCUAAGAGUCAAUCUUUUUCUCACACAAUUGAAUAAAUAAGCAAAACAGAGAAAUGUUGUGAGACGUGAUGUUUCUCUGGUCCAGCAGUGCCUUGGCCCGUUACUUUACGGCUAAGAAAUAAUCCUGUUCAGAGCUCCAGCCCCCUCUAGUCUACAUUCUACUGCUACUGUACAUGACGGGGCUGGAGGCUGAGGAACCGUCCUGAAACGGUAUUUGGUGAAAGGAACCAUCCUGAAACAGCCUGGGUACCAGUCUAUUUGUGUCAUCAUGCCACGCCUUUCCGGUUUGGCAUGACAAGGAGUCGAGAUGAUGACAAACAGAUCUGGGACCAGCUAUCUUAAACAGUGUUGGUGAAAGGACUGAAUCAAUGGAAUUGUUCUUUAAGCAAUGUGUUACUCAGCCAAAGGGGGCAGUAAGCCCUGGGGGAAGGGGAGGUCACUCGAGGGCUCACACCGUUUCAACUAGUCAAUAAAUGAUACGAAGCCACAAGGAUUCUGAAUGGAAACCGGGGUCCUCGUGGUUCUGGUUUCAAAGCUGUUGUCAAAAAUGAGGAUGAUGAGUUAGUGGUUAAAGUACUACCCUGUCCUAAUGGUUAACUUAGUGGUUAAAGUAGAGCAGUCUACCCUGUCCUAGUGGUUAACUUAGUGGUUAAAGUAGAGCAGUCUACCCUGUCCUAAUGGUUAACUUAGUGGUUAAAGUAGAGCAGUCUACCCUGUCCUAGUGGUUAACUUAGUGGUUAAAGUAGAGCAGUCUACCCUGUCCUAAUGGUUAACUUAGUGGUUAAAGUAGAGCAGUCUACCCUGUCCUAGUGGUUAAAGUAGAGCAGCCUACCCUGUCCUAAUGGUUAACUUAGUGGUUAAAGUAGAGCAGUCUACCCUGUCCUAGUGGUUAACUUAGUGGUUAAAGUAGAGCAGUCUACCCUGUCCUAGUGGUUAAAGUAGAGCAGCCUACCCUGUCCUAGUGGUUAACUUAGUGGUUAAAGUAGAGCAGCCUACCCUGUCCUAAUGGUUAACUUAGUGGUUAAAGUAGAGCAGCCUACCCUGUCCUAGUGGUUAAAGUAGAGCAGCCUACCCUGUCCUAGUGGUUAAAGUAGAGCAGCCUACCCUGUCCUAAUGGUUAACUUAGUGGUUAAAGUAGAGCAGCCUACCCUGUCCUAGUGGUUAACUUAGUGGUUAAAGUAGAGCAGCCUACCCUGUCCUAGUGGUUAACUUAGUGGUUAAAGUAGAGCAGCCUACCCUGUCCUAGUGGUUAACUUAGUGGUUAAAGUAGAGCAGCCUACCCUGUCCUAGUGGUUAACUUAGUGGUUAAAGUAGAGCAGCCUACCCUGUCCUAGUGGUUAAUUUAGUGGUUAAAGUAGAGCAGCCUACCCUGUCCUAGUGAUUAACUUAGUGGUUAAAGUAGAGCAGCCUACCCUGUCCUAGUGGUUAACUUAGUGGUUAAAGUAGAGCAGCCUACCCUGUCCUAGUGAUUAACUUAGUGGUUAAAGUAGAGCAGCCUACCCUGUCCUAAUGGUUAACUUAGUGGUUAAAGUAGAGCAGCCUACCCUGUCCUAAUGGUUAACUUAGUGGUUAAAGUAGAGCAGCCUACCCUGUCCUAAUGGUUAACUUAGUGGUUAAAGUAGAGCAGCCUACCCUGUCCUAGUGGUUAACUUAGUGGUUAAAGUAGAGCAGCCUACCCUGUCCUAGUGGUUAAAGUAGAGCAGCCUACCCUGUCCUAAUGGUUAAAGUAGAGCAGCCUACCCUGUCCUAAUGGUUAACUUAGUGGUUAAAGUAGAGCAGCCUACCCUGUCCUAAUGGUUAACUUAGUGGUUAAAGUAGAGCAGCCUACCCUGUCCUAGUGGUUAACUUAGUGGUUAAAGUAGAGCAGCCUACCCUGUCCUAAUGGUUAACUUAGUGGUUAAAGUAGAGCAGCCUACCCUGUCCUAGUGGUUAACUUAGUGGUUAAAGUAGAGCAGCCUACCCUGUCCUAGUGGUUAACUUAGUGGUUAAAGUAGAGCAGCCUACCCUGUCCUAUUGGUUAAAGUAGAGCAGCCUACCCUGUCCUAUUUAGGGUAUCGGUCAGCUGAUUGGUUAGGAGACCCACCUUAUUGCUCAGUGGGCCCCAGAGAAAAAGCCCUCUAGAGGUUCUCCCCUGUAACUCAGAGCUAAAGCUAUGCUUCUGAUGUAACUCUUUUUACUCAACCCUCUGGCUAUGUUGUAUUCAUGCUGUAUGUGGAGGCUAGCGGCUUGUAGCUGAAGUUAUAGGACAAAAACUAAGUUUAGUGUUUAUUGUUUUUUUUUACGAGGGAAAUGUGAUGAGUAUGUUCUAAACUAAAUUAAAUGUUCUGAAGAUUGGCUCCAAGGUUCCAGAGAGCCAACAUUUGGAAUUUAUGCACUUUGAUGAAAACUGAUAUUUGAAUUGAUUGUAUUUGUAUGUUUUGUAAUGGAGUAAUUAUCUCACCUGUAGUCAAAGUGAUCUUUCACAUGCCUACAGUAACCUACCUAUACAGUACCCUGACUUCAACAGUCUUUAGGUGUUAAAAGGAAUCACAAGUUUCAGUGGGAGUAAUAACUCAGGUAUAUAGGUCUAUAGGAAGGUUAUAGGUCAGGGCCCAGAUUCACAAAACCUUCUUAAGAAGAUAUUUCUUCUUAACUGCCAUUUAUUCCUUAACUAUAGACUACAGACGAAAGUUCAGCCAAGGUGGUAUUCCUCAAAAAGCUUCUUGGACAUGUUCUUGUGUUAUUUCAUGUUUCUCUUCAAGUAAAAAUAUAGUUUGUUCUUGGACAUUUUCUUAAUUCCAAGACAUCUAAAGAAUUGUCUUAAACUCAGGGCAGUGAGAUAAUAACCUAAUUAAAUCAAUUGAACAUAUUUAAUUCACUCAAACUUCAUCUGAAAGUUUCAGUAUUGAUUAUUUGAAACCCCCCAAAAAAAAUGUUUUAGAACAGUCAUCUCGGUAUGAAAUAUGCUAACAUGAUUGUCAUUGCUAGCUAGAUACUAUAGCCAGCUAAAACAGCUAAAACAGUUUGUGACAAUCGUUUUAAGAAGAUAGUUAAGUUUGUAAGAAAAUUAUAAAAUCUUAACAUAUUGUUGAAGAAUUGCACUUGUGAACUAUCUUAUGAACUUAUCAUUUUUUUCUUAAGUUUCUGCAUAAGAAAUGUUUUGUAAAUCUGGGCCCAGGUUUCCACACCUGUAACAGUGGGUUUACACCCUGUCAACCACUACUGAUGGUUCAGUAGUGGUUAGUCUGCCAAUCCUAAUCAGAAGCUGAUAGCCCAUAGUUUAAUACAAUCUUAUGACAACUACAUUUCUAUGUUUGGGAAAGUAUUGAUUUAAGUUGGAGGUAGUUUAUGGCAUGAACGUGGUGGUAAACUAAAGACUCUUUUCACCUCUACAACCAAGUUAUUACAUCUGUAACGUAACUAUAUUAAUACAAUUGAUUAAUAUAUUGCCUCAAAAAAAGGAUUUCCGAUGUGGAAUCCAAUAAGCUGAAAGAAGGAAUUUGGUGAAGUGAACUUAGUGCCAAAAAUGUUUUUGAGGAUGAUUAAUUGAAUUUACACAAAACUACUGUAACUUUAGUUUUUUUCCUGUGACUGAUGCUUUUAUAAUCUUAUUGUGUUAUUUAUUGCACCAAGUAAACCAUUAAAAUAUUGAUAUGGUUAAA